UGUGGUUUUAAAUGAGGAAGAAGCGGGAGAGGUUAUCGUGUAAAAAUAAGUUUAUGUGCUCUUUUUCAUUCAGAGUAUUUUUUUUAAAACUCCGGACUCAGUAGGGGGGAAAAACAGCCACAGAUAGUGACGUAGGCAGAAAACGGUUCUGAGGUGGCUGAGUUGGACGGAUUCUUUCAAUUCGUCAGUUAUCGUUGGUAUUAGCAUCGUAGGCUAACUAGCUAGUUAGCUAGGUAGUUGUCGAUAGCUUUAGGUUUAAGCUUGGCGAGCUAGCUAGGCGCGUUUACUGGACAUGAGGAGUAGGCUAGUCGGCUAACAAAGCUAAGUUAGCAGGUAAUUAUCCACUAGCAUGCGCAGGGCGCGCGCGGGAGUUCCGCGGAUGCUGGAGUUCGUUGACGUUAAGUGUCUUUGACCGGUGUGGCUUUUGGAGUUUCCUCACACGAGCUUCAAGAUGUUCAAUAAAUUCUGCGAAUGGAUUGAAAGUAGACUUGCGACUCUACGCAACGGAGUGCCGGCUGCUGAGCCCGUCCAUGUUCGAGACACUCCUUCACAGAGAAAAAGACCAUUAGAGAGUUUGGAAGAUGGGGAUGGUAUUAAUCACGAAGAUGACAGAGCUGUCAAAAAGUUUAGAAUGGGAGAUAUUAUGGACACAAUGAAGAAUGCUGCUGAAGGGGUGAAGACCCAUGGCUCCAGUGUUGCUUUGUGGAUGCGCAACAGCGUCAGUCCAACGUUGAGGAACGUGCUACCUGCUUCCCCUGGCCCACCUGGAACCCAAAUACCAUCAUCUGAUGUAGCCAAUUCAUCAGGAAAUGUGUGGAAUGAAAGCAAGUUGGUCGAAAGACACCAUGAAAAGCACAAGGACGCAUUCAUCGCUCCCCCAACAGCUUUUGAAUGGAAGACCAUCAUUAAAUCAGACUCUCUAAGAACCGAAAAGUCUGUCACAAUAACAGAGGUCAGCAAACAACAUGUACAAGCAAGUGUUCCAUCCCAUGAGACGUACAAAACCAACGGUCAUUCUGUUACUACUUGCACUUCUAAACCAUGCCCAUCUCCACGACUCGGCCGACCGCUUUACAUCAGAGCGCAAAGAUCACCAAACCAAUUUUCGACACCUGGGUCAAGCACAGGGAACACAUCUUACACCAGCAUGUAUGAAAAAACCUUUCCUAUUCGAGUUGUGCAGAAUCCCUCUGUCGGCUCCUCCAGUCGUCACUGGAGAGGCAGAACUCACUGCACAGCACAAGAGUCUGUCCGUGAAGAGGAGAAGGAGGUGUACAGACAGUUACUAUCCAUGGUGUCCGGUGGGCAGUCAUCCUUCGUCAGUGACAGCAGUUCUAACCCAGGGAUUCGAUCACAUCGGGAUUUUUCCAGUUUCCUGACAUCAAGUCGCAGACUGCUACAGUGUGCCUCGCCAACAGGCUCAGGAGCAGGAGAGUCCUCUUUCGGUUUAUCCAGCUUGUCACCUAGUCCCCAGACCUCGAGCACGAUGCACAGUCCUUGUGCACUCUCCAACGGGCCUGAAACACAGUCCUGGUAUCCUGAUUCAGACGGCAAAUACAUCACAAGAAAAACAGGGUUGGCCGAGCGGUCAGUGCCAUCACCGCCGGCUCUCCAAGAUACUUCUUCUCAGGACACACAGUCAUCUGGUGUGCACUCUGCUCAUGAUGGGGAUUCUGUGAUUUUUGUGAAGGAGCAACAUGGCAAGAGAACAGAGGGCUCCAGCAUGCCAUGUUUUCAAGCAGAGUUGUGGAUCAAAGAACUGACAAGCCUUUAUGAUGCUCGUGCUCGGGAGAGACGGAAGCUAAUAGAGGAGCAGGAGGCUCUAGCGUUUCAGCUUCUGCGUCAGCGUAUUUCUGGCGAGGGUAGAGCUAAUUUGAAAGGUGUGGAGCUGCGUGUGCGGGUCCCUCUAGAAAAAGAGGUUCCUGUAACGACUGUUGUUGAAGAACCCAAGCCUGAAGCAGAGGAACAGGAAUUUCCUGAAUUGACAGAGGCCAUGGAAAAUGAGGUAAGCCAUGCACUAAGAGGAGGAAGUCAGGACGAUGUGCUCAGCGAGGGAUUCCGCCUCACUAUCACCAGAAAGGACCUGCAGACCCUUAGCCACCUCAACUGGCUCAACGAUGAGGUGAUAAACUUCUACAUGAAUAUGCUGGUGGAGCGCAGCAAGUCCCCCCACCUGCCUUCUGUCUACACCUUCAACACUUUUUUCUUUCCAAAGCUGCGCAGCUCGGGAUAUUCAGCUGUCCGACGCUGGACCAAGAAGGUGGACAUCUUCUCUGUUGACAUUAUCCUGGUGCCUGUCCACCUAGGAGUGCACUGGUGUCUCUCUGUUGUGGAUUUCCGCAAAAAGGCCAUCACAUAUUUUGACUCCAUGGGUGGGAAAAAUGACGAGGCGUGUCGGAUUUUGCUAAAUUAUUUGAAGCAGGAAAGUGAGGACAAAAAGAAGAAAGAGUUUGUUACCUCAGACUGGAUUCUUCAUAGUAAAAAACGCAAUGAGAUUCCCCAGCAAAUGAAUGGUAGUGACUGUGGGAUGUUUACAUGCAAGUAUGCUGAAUACAUCACCAAAGACAAACCAAUCACAUUUACACAGAAACACAUGCCGUAUUUCAGGAGGCGGAUGGUGUGGGAGAUCUUAAACCGGAAACUUUUGCGAUAAGACAGUGUUGCGAAGAUGUGCCUGGGAAAGCAAUGACACAAUGCUCUAUCUCAGAGGUUUUUUUUUUUAUUUUUUAAAUUGAACUUGAUACCUCAGAUUGGACACUUGAGUAAAAAACAGACAUAGAAGUGGUGCAUUGACACUUUUUUAGCUGGUGUCCUAUUUUGCUGAUGCCCAGCCUGUUUGAAUUAUUAAGGACACCUGCAAAUGGACCCUGCGAAGCCCAAGUGUUUUUCUCAUAAUUAUUCACUCAUGUUCUCUGUAACAUUCAACAACUACCUGGCAUGCUUUUGCCUUUUUCUGUCUCUGCAAGUUUUCUAUCCGAGUUCUAUGCCACCUAUGAAGAACUUGUAACUGUAUGCUCCAUCAACUGUUUUUUCUUUUUAACAUUUAUUUAUUUCUUCUUUUUUUUUUCUUUCAGCAAUGUUGAGUUCAGAAUUCUCACUCCCUAUUCAAAGUCAUAAUUGUUAUUGUUUUAAAUUAGACUUUUUUAUUUUUUUGGAUAAAGCUAUAAAUCUGACAAUCCCAAUUUUUUAUAAGAAAACCAAACUUGCAAAAUAACACUAUAUUUUUGAUGUCAAAAACAUUUGUAUUUUACAAAACAUUUCUGAACUAAUGUGCCACAGAGAUUUUUUAUUACAUAAUAGCAUAAUUGCACUUGUACCUGCAAAGGUCUAAUUGACAGCAGUUAUGACUUCAGUCUGAUUUCUUUCUGAGGAAGGUUAAUUCAGCCGAGGCUCCACAUGGUAGCCAACAAACACUUUGCGACGGUUAUUUUUGCUACAGGAUGGGACAUGCGGCAGAGUGGCAAAUCGGAUCAGCGUGAUUUAUUUGUAUAGAGGUCCGUGUAGGGCAGCUUGACCUGUAAAUAAAACCAGCAGUAUAGCAUCCUUGUUUUUUUUUUGUUUUUUUUAUAUAUCGACCCCAGGGGAUAUUCGCCUCUCUUAAUGUAAGUGUACUAUAUUUAGAUACUUGCAGCUGUUUCUAGUUUUGUCUUCACUAUAUUUGGAGCUAUUGUACAUACCGUGUCAACACAGAAAAACUGAAGUGAUAUUUAAUACAUUUUUUGUACCUUUUAUUAUUAUUUUGUAUGUAGAUCUGGGCUUUCCAGAAAUAAAAUCCUGAGGCUGAGGGUCCCUGGA